AUCCACAAGACAGUUCUUUAACAAAGUCAUUAAACAUUUCCCUUACCUUCUAAAGAUCAACUCUUUCAAACACUUACUCUGCAUGUAACUUCAUAGAUUGAACGAAGAACCAAAAAAACAGAGCAAAACAAACAAAAGAUGGUUCAAAACCACCAAACAGUUCUCGCCGUCGAUAUGCCACAAACCGGCGGCUCCAAGUACUUGGACGACGACGGGAAAAACAAAAGAACUGGGAGUGUUUGGACGGCGAGUGCACACAUAAUAACGGCAGUGAUAGGUUCGGGAGUUUUGUCACUAGCGUGGGCUACGGCGCAGCUAGGUUGGCUCGCCGGACCGGUGGUGAUGUUGCUCUUCUCUGCCGUCACUUAUUUCACUUCUUCUCUUCUUGCUGCUUGUUACCGCUCCGGCGACCCUAUCUCCGGCAAGAGGAACUACACUUAUAUGGAUGCUGUCCGAUCAAAUCUCGGUGGCGUGAAGGUGACGCUAUGUGGGAUUGUUCAGUAUCUUAAUAUCUUUGGUGUUGCUAUUGGCUACACAAUUGCUUCAGCUAUAAGCAUGAUGGCAAUAAAGAGAUCAAACUGUUUCCACAAGAGUGGAGGGAAAGAUCCAUGUCACAUGAACAGUAAUCCUUACAUGAUAGCUUUUGGAUUAGUCCAGAUUCUAUUCUCUCAGAUUCCAGAUUUUGAUCAACUUUGGUGGCUCUCAAUCCUCGCCGCCGUUAUGUCCUUCACUUAUUCCUCAGCCGGUCUCGCCCUCGGCAUAGCCCAAGUUGUCGUUAAUGGGAAGGUGAAGGGAAGUCUCACUGGGAUUAGCAUAGGAGCAGUAACAGAGACACAGAAGAUAUGGAGGACCUUUCAAGCUCUUGGAGACAUUGCUUUUGCUUACUCUUACUCCAUUAUCCUCAUCGAGAUUCAGGACACAGUGAAGUCACCACCAUCAGAAGAGAAGACGAUGAAGAAGGCAACACUUGUGAGCGUCAGUGUAACGACUAUGUUCUAUAUGUUGUGUGGAUGUAUGGGAUAUGCAGCCUUUGGAGACUUGUCUCCGGGAAAUCUCUUAACCGGUUUCGGGUUUUAUAAUCCUUAUUGGCUUCUUGACAUUGCAAAUGCAGCCAUUGUGAUUCACCUUAUUGGUGCAUACCAAGUCUAUUGCCAACCUCUGUUUGCUUUCAUCGAGAAGCAAGCUUCCAUUCAAUUCCCUGAUAGUGAGUUCAUUGCAAAAGAUAUCAAAAUUCCAAUUCCUGGUUUCAAGCCUCUCCGCUUGAAUGUCUUCAGGUUGAUAUGGAGGACAGUGUUUGUGAUCAUAACGACAGUUAUCUCAAUGCUUCUUCCGUUUUUCAACGACGUUGUGGGUCUGCUCGGGGCACUAGGGUUUUGGCCAUUGACGGUGUAUUUUCCAGUGGAAAUGUACAUCGCGCAGAAGAAGAUACCUAGAUGGAGCACCAGAUGGGUUUGCCUUCAAGUCUUCAGCUUAGGGUGUCUAGUAGUUAGCAUUGCUGCAGCUGCAGGGUCCAUAGCUGGAGUACUUCUUGAUCUAAAGUCCUACAAGCCAUUUCGAAGCGAAUACUGAUCAACUUGAAUAGUAGCCAAUUCAAAGCGAUGACUAAGUCAGUUUUAAACACAAUGGAUUUAUCAAGAACAGUCAAGAGAACCAAGAACCAUGAAUUUGGGAAUUUUGAUCAGCUUUUUUUUAUAUAGAUAGAAGCAAUAAUGCUGUUAGUUCUUCUCUAUAAUCUUCUCUGUACCCUGAAGGCAAGAAUUGUAGUCCUAAUGAGUAAAUCUUCGAUUAAUGACAGAGUCAUGUGCUGCAACAGAAUCAUGAACUAGCACCAUAAUAGUAUAUUACCAUUGUGGUAAAAUUUCAAUAACAAGUUCUUGUACUUGCUCUUCUU